AUGACAGAAGAAUUAACAUCUUCAGCUUUACUAGAACAAUUAGUUUAUAUUGAUAAUUAUAUUAAUGGAGCAUCAUCAUCAAAUGAAAACAAUAGCUCAAAUGCUACACCAAAUGUAGAUGUUGAUGGUCAAUUAAGUUUAGAUUUAGCUGCCUUCGCGGAUGAUUCAUUUAUAUUUCCAGAUGAAGAUAAACCAAAAUUAUAUGAUGAUGAAGAUGAUGAUAAUGAAACAGACACCAAUAAAAGAAUCGGGAAUCAACAUAAUGAUCUAAAAAACUGGGAUAUACAUGAAUUUAAUACAAAUUAUUUAAUGCAAAAUCUAAAAUCAGAACAAAAUAAAAAUGAUGAACCAAUAUCAGGAAGUAGUAAUAAUAAUAAUGGUAAUCAUGAAGAUACAAAAUUUAUUUUCAAAGAACAAGAAUUCAACAAUACCAAACAUGAAGAUAAUUCAACGAAUUUUUUAAAUUUAACAGAUUUACCAAAAUUUCCAGUACCACCAGGAGCAAAAUCAUCUUUGGUUAGUGCAGGAUUAUCACAAAAUCAAAUUGAUUUGUUAAGUGCUUUAGUUGCGCAACAUCAAAACAGUUUGGGUAAACUAAUUCCAAAACAAGAGAAAGAAAAAGAAGAUGAAGAAGAUGAAGAAGAAGAACAACCAAUUACAGAUUCUUUUAAUAAUUUACCAUUCACUGAUUCAAUACCGAUAACACCAACAUUAGCAUCAUUAUCUACAAGUACAAACUAUCAAUCAACAAGAAAUCAACCACAACUUCAUCACCAAGAUUCUUCUAGUCAUUUUAGUCAACCAAUACCCGCUCAACAACAUUUAGAAUUGUCCCAUCAUCAAAGUCAACAUCAACCUUCAAAUUCUCAUCAUCUACAACAAACACCAACUUCAGGAACUACUCCAAUGUCAUUUAUAAAUCCACCAAUCAGUUCAACAACAUUCUCCUCAAUUCAUAAUGAUAAUAAUAUUAGUAGCAAUAUGUUUAGUAAUAGCAACAACCUAAAUAAUCAAUCCAAUACCAACAAUAAUCUCCAUCAUAUAUCAUCAUCAUCAGCGCUAUCAACAUCGUCAACAAUGUCAAGUCCCGAUGCAGCAGAAUUAGAUAAAAAAAGAAGAAAUACAGCAGCAUCAGCAAGGUUUAGAAUCAAGAAAAAACAAAAAGAACAACAAAUGGAAAACAAAAUAAAUAAUUUACAAGAUCUUAUAUCAAAUUUAGAAAAUAAAUUAAUGAAUUUAGAAAUGGAAAAUAAAUUAUUAAGAAAUUUAAUCAUUGAAAAAGGAAGUCAAAAAUCUGAUGAUGAAUUAAAAAAAUUAAAAGAAAAAGCUAAAAUGGGAUUUAAUUAG